AUGGCUGCUGGUGUGAUCCAGCCACUCUGUGACUUCCAGCUGAAGCUGCAGUCCCAUAAGCCCUUCUUGACCUCUGAACCAGAGCUCCCAGAAACUUCUGAGGAGGAAGAGGAAGAGGAGGUGGUGGAGCAAGAGCUGGAGCUGCAGGCUAAAGGACCAAGGAGUUGCAGCCUGGCUCCCCAGAGCCCAGACGUGUCCCCUGAGAGCCCCGACAGUCCUGAGACCCCACAGCAAUUGCUCCGCUUUUCACAGCUCAUCAGUGGUGACAUCCAGCGGUACUUUGGCCCUAAGGACAAGAGGCAGGACCCAGACUCCUGUGAUAUCUAUGCUGACAGCCACCCAGCCAGUUGCUCUGCCCGGGAACUAUACUAUGCCGACCUGAUGUGCCUGGCCCAGGGUGGGUCCUCAGAGGACAAAGAGGCCACUGACUCUGGGGUCUGCUCAACUUGGGGGCUAGAAGGGCCAGCUUGUAGGUCUGCAGGUGGGGUGCCACCUCUGGGACCCUUGGCCGAGCUCUUUGACUUUGGGUUGCGGCAGUUCCCAGGGCCUAGUACAUCUGUUGGUCGCAGGCUCAGACUAGAGCAGAAAUAUGGUCACAUCACACCCAUGACCCAGAGAAAGCUGCCCCCAUCCUUCUGGAAGGAGCCAGCACCUAGUGCCUUGGGCCUGCUCCACCCAGGUACGCCAGACUUUAGUGACCUUCUAGCCAGUUGGUCAGCUGAGACUGGCCCUGAGCUGCCAGGUGGAGGCACCCAGGCCCUGGAGGGAGCACAGUUGGCUGAGGCCUAA